ACUGGACAAUAAAUUGGAAACCCCAAUAAACUGGAGAAUAACUGUGGAACACUCAAUAAUUUGUGGGCUGACUAUUCAGAAGGACUCAUAAAACAUUGAACAUUUUCCCCUAGGAAAGAUCUAGGGUUGGAGGGGAAAAAAUAGGUAAAGUGGCCCUUAGCUUAAGACAAGAUGGCCAGUGAGACGGGAAUGGAAUUAGUGUUUGGCUUUCCCUUUCAGACUAUGGUAGAAGGGAAGCAAGGGAUCAAAACAGAGGGGCAACAUUUGCCAGGCAUUAUGCAUUGCGAAGGAUGGGAAGAAGAAGCCCCACAUGCCAUUUGUGGUGGAAAUAUUAGGAGAAUCUUGCCCCAAGUGUCAGGGGAAGAUGUUAAGCAGGAGCCAGGGGAAGGGAUGCUCCAGCGAUGGGAUGACCAGUGGCAGACGUUUCUGAAGACGAUGGAGUUGCCUCCGUUAGAACUGGGAAACCCACCAUCACCAGAAGAGUCGGUACCCUGGGACAACGCUCAAGCAUUCCUGGCUGCCUUUGAGCAAGUGGCCAAGGCCUGUCGGUGGCCCAAGGAAGAGUGGACGGCCCGGCUCCGGCCAGCCCUCCAAGGAGACACUGAGCGAGCCUUUGAGAAAAUGGAUGCCAGAGACAGAGUGGAUUAUGGGAAGGUGAAGGCAACCAUUUUGUGGAGAGAUGCCAUGCAGAGAGAGGAGCAGCGUCGAGAUUUCCGGGGCUUCUGCUACCAGGCGGCCAAGGGACCAAGGAUGGUUUAUGGCCACCUCCAGGAACUGGGUUGUCGGUGGCUGAAGGUUAAGAGGCAAACCAAGGAGGAGAUCCUGGAAGACUUGAUCCUGGAGCAGUUCCUGGCCAUCUUGCCCUUGGAGAUGCAGGAAUGGGUGAGGGACCGUGGGCCAGGGACCUCUUCCCAGGCAGUGGCCCUGGCAGAGGAUUUCCUAGCCAGGCACUGCAAGGCUGAGAGACCAGAGCAACAGAUGAAAGAGGUAUCCCUGAAUUUCUCUGUGGCUGAACAGAUUCCAUUGGUCUGUGAGCACAAUCCGGUCUUCCAGGAGGAGAACGCUGAAAUUGUCCAUUCUCAGGGCCAAGAGCAGACAAGUGCAAGUAACAGAGAUCAGCCAGAAAAUGAUCAUGGACAAACAAGCUGGAUAGAGAUGAACAGCAUGAAAGGAGGGGGUUCCAAGCAUGUUGUGCAAGAGGAAGAUCCCCAGAUUUGGCCGUCACCUAAGGAGCUUAAAAGUUCUUCCUUGGGGGAGAAGGUAGAAAAAGCCCUCCCUUACAAUGGCAAUGAGCCCCUUUGUACUACAAGCCAACAGAGAAUCCAGAUGGUGAAGAGCGAGGACACUGGGGUGGGUGGCAUUGGCAGUUUCCCAGGGAACUCAGAGAUCAUCGAAUUUCAGGUGACCCACAGUGGCGGCAUGUCCUACAAAUGCUUGGACUGUGGGAAGAGCUUCAAUUACAGCACCAGCCUUGUCAGACAUCAGAGAAUCCACACGGGUGAGAAGCCGUACAACUGUUUGGACUGUGGAAAGUGUUUCCGCCAAAGAUCAGGCCUCACAAUACAUCAGAGAAUCCACACUGGGGAAAAAGCUUAUCAGUGCCUGGACUGUGAGAAAAGUUUCCGUGUGAAGUCGCACUUAAUCCGGCACUCCGUUGUUCACCAGGGGGAGACCGGAGAGAUGCCCUACAGGUGUUCCGAGUGCGGGAAAGGCUUCCGUUGGAACGCAAACCUCAUCACACAUCGGAAAACGCACAUGGGGGUGAAGCCGUUUGAAUGUGCCGAGUGCGGGAAGAGCUUUUAUUCCAACAUGAGACUUGUGAGGCAUCAGAGAGUCCACACCGGGACCAACCCGUAUACCUGUGCCAUCUGUGGGAAAAGCUUCUGUGAUAACACGGGCCUCACCAGACAUCAGAAGAUCCACACAGGAGAGAAGCCGUACAUCUGUCUGGAUUGCGGGAAAAGCUUCAACCGGAACUCAAGUCUUAUUUCGCACCAAAGGAUCCACACGGGAGCUAAGCCAUUCCAAUGCAGGGACUGUGGGAAAAACUUCAGGUCUAAAUCCGAACUUCACAGGCAUGAAUUAAGCCAUCUGAUCACUCACCGGAGAAUCCACACAGGAGAGAAACCAUUCAAAUGCCUUGAGUGUGGGAAAAUAUUCAGCAGGAGCUCACACCUUCUUGGGCACCAGAGAAUCCAUUCAAUUGAGAAACCGUAUAAGUGCACAGAUUGCGGGAAAACCUUCAGUGGGAGGUCCCACCUCAAUAGGCACCAAAGAAUCCACACAGGAGAGAAGUUAUUUAAGUGCUUGGUGUGUGGGAAAAGCUUCUGCAUGAACUCGGACCUUAUUGCACAUGAAAGAAUUCACACUGGGCACAAACCAUACAAAUGUCCAGAAUGCGGGAAAGGCUUUAGUCAGAAGCAACACCUCACUAGCCACCAGAGGACCCACACAGGAGAAAAACCGUACGUUUGUUCACACUGUGGGAAGGGCUUCAGCGUGAGCUCCAACCUCAAUACACAUGAGCGCACUCACACUGGUGUGAGACCCUUCAAAUGUUCCGACUGUGGGAAAAGUUUCAGUCAGAAAUCCCACCUCAUUGGCCAUCAGAGGAUCCACACUGGGGAGAAGCCUUAUUUGUGCAUGGAUUGUGGGAAAAGCUUUGGGUCAAGUUCAAAUCUUAUGGCGCACAUGAGAAUCCAUAGUGGCGAGAAAGCCUAGGAGCAUUUCCUCAAGAGCUGGAACCAAUUUGAUGAAGAAGAACUUUCCUUCUAAUCCUAUCCCCCCGCCAUCUAUCUCCUUGCUAACAUUCCCAUUUAGAUGCUAGAGAAUUGGGAAUUUUAGGAAAGAAGAUAUAGUAGCAUUGUCAGGGUCAGUCCAAGAGAUUUUGCUGUUUGAGGCAGAGGACAAGAUGACGCUUCCUCCGUCCAUGGACAUAAGCUGACUGGACUGGUAGUUGAAUCUUGCUUCACCCCGAAUGAUGGAUUUGGGACCUUCAGCUCCCCUGAGACUAUUAAGAUUCAAGGAGCUCUAGGUAGGCUGUGUGACAUAAGUACACAGCUGUCGUCCAGCAGAUAGUGACAGCUGAAAUAUUUAGAAGGAAAAGGCGAGAGACUGGAUGGGCUGUCCCUCAGUGUUUGCCACCUGAGGCUGUUGUCCCACUCUGCCUCAUGGCAGGGCUGGCUCUUCAGUAUUAUACAGGAUCAUCCAAAAUCCACAAAACAGUGAUACCUUUAUUGGACCAACCAAAAUGCACAUUGUACAUGUUGCAAGCAAUAUGUUGGUUAUUAGUUGGCCCAAUAAAGUCAUCGCUGUUUUGCGGGUUUUGGGUGAUAAAUGUACUUUGCUAUAUGGCCAACAUGGCUACCCCUGGAUAUGUCUUCAGUAUUACAUUUGGCAUGUUGAUACUUAACUGUUACAGAUCAAUGUUCUAGCAAUAAAGUUGAUCGUUGAAGGUA